AUGGAUCCGGCGAACGAACCGAAGUCUGAAAACGAUACCCCGCAGAACAUGCUCAGUACUGGCAGGCAGUCCGCUCCACGAACGGUCUUUGUUACCCAGCUGAAAUGCACCGGCCUGGAGGAGCAUCGUUAUUUUGUGAAGAUUCGGGCCAGCAACAGACCUGAGCCCGUGGUUACGCCCGUCGCACGGCGGACGAAGGAACCUGAAUGGGAAGGACCGUUUUCGAUCAAUGGCACUGAAGCCAGCGUACUGUCUUUCCAAGUAUGGAUCAAGCAUACGAUCAAGUCAGACGAGCCCCUUGCGGAAGGGAACAUCGACCUCACGGCGCUUGGGACCGGUGUUUUGAACCAUUGGGAGCAGCUACUUGUCUAUGUCGACGAUACGAAGAAGAAAGACGCAUCCAUUAGCGCCUCCGUCACCGUCGUCGCCGGUGGUCCAGUGACACCGGUGGUUGAUGCUCAAGACGGUGUGCAGCCCGCUGAUCAUGAACCUUCAGUUGAAAGAGGCCAAUCCAACGGUUUGUUCGACGACACUGGGGUGGCUGCGCAGGCAGUUCACGCUGCAGGGCGCGUGGCCGCAGAUCGUCAAGCCUCAUCACCCAGGGUGGUCAUCGAAGAAGCCGGUAUCGCUGAGGACUUAGGAGGCGCGGCAGGCCACGUCUCCGACACGAUCAAGCUUUUGACCCCUAUCCUUAAAAAGCUUAGGCUCUUCGUGACUGUCACCGAUUCCAUUUCCUCGAUUCAUCCGUACGCGAAGAUUGCCAUGACCGUCAUUGGCGCUAUUCCGAAGGUAAUCGUCACGCAGUCAGAGAAGGACAAGAGUGUUGUUUCUCUCGUUCAGUGCAUAGGCGAAGCAUUGGACCUGAUGCAGACCACGAAGGAUCUCUCCGAGGAUGGCCAUCGUCUGAGGGUUGCGAUACUUAUCGCGGCACAGAUUGUAAAUUGCGGCGACUUCGUCAACAAGUAUUUCAAGACGGAAGGAUUCGCCAGGCGUUUGGUCAAGAACCUCGCGGUCAACACGGGCGCUGUUGUAGCUGCCUACAAGGAGAGACUCGGUGAACUUAUGGAUCAGUUUCAAACAGGGCAAAUCAUAGCUACCAGGAUAAUCGCCCAUAGAAUGUAUACGAGUGUGGUUGAGCUCGACGGGAAGAUCACACUGAACAGCAUACGUUACGCGGAGGGGGCUGGAUACGAUCCUGGGAAGGGAUGUCUACCGGGGACGCGUCGAAAGCUCAUAUCCAGGAUCCACGACUGGGCAUGUACCCACGGGGAUAGGGACUCCAAGCCCGUCCUUUUACUUUCUGGUGUUGCAGGGGCGGGUAAGUCGGCUGUGGCGCAUGCCCUUGCAGCAAUGUUCGACGAUCGGGCGUGUCUGGGAUCCUUCUUCGGGUUCAGUUCCUCGGAUCAGAGACGUACGCCGGACACACUGUUUCCGAACAUAGCUCGCGAUCUCGCCGCGUUCAACGCCGAAUGGGAGAAGGCUCUGCUCACCGAGCUUGCCGGGCGCCGUAACAUUCCUAGUUUGCUGACGUCGACCUCUUUGAGCCUCCAGUUCGAGACCUUCCUUCUUGGCCCUGCCCGUCGCAUCCAAGGCCAAAUCGUUGGCCCCAUUCUCAUUGUUAUAGAUGCCUUGGACGAGAGCGGCGAUGCGGCCAACCGCUCAGAGCUGCUCAGAUUCCUCGGCCGACUACACGAGAUGCCCUCCAACUUCCGCUUCCUCGUUACCUCUCGUUCUGAACCUGAUGUUCAUAACGCCCUCCUCCGUAGAGAUGCAAUCCAACACAAGGAUAUGUCGCAACUUGAUGAUGGCGAGACCGAUGUCGAUAUCACCCGUUACAUCCAACACGAGGAUAUGUCGCAACUUGAUGAAGGCGAGACCGAUGUCGAUAUCACCUGUUACAUUGAACACGAAUUACGCGAGUUGUUUUCGUCGCAUCAAAAUAGGUACAGACAGGAAUCGGUCAAGAAACUCGUUAGCUGUUCCGAUCAGUCGUUUCAGUGGGCGUCUACCGCGUGCAAGUUCAUUCGCGGCGUGGGCCAAACACAUGAAUAUGAUUGGAGGGACCGUUUGGAGGGGUGGAUCUCGGCACCUACGCUCCAUUCCUGA